UGUAUCUGUUUACGUCACAGCCGCGUCACCAAAAAUUAGAUUUGCCGUGGUUUGUUGGUUCCGUGGCAGCUCCUCAUUAUAAAAUAUCAAUUUUGGCUGAAAAUAUGGAACUAGUGAAAGAUUUUGUAAAUAACCAACUAACUCUCUACCUGUUACCUGUGGUACUGGUUAUUGUUGUAGUGAUUUUAGUGUUCACGUUUGGAUUCAAAUCGGCAGAACAACCACCUUUCGACAAACUCACUAACGAUGACCGAAAACAAGCAGGGAAAAAGAAGAAAAUAAAGGAAAAGAAAACAACCGCUAAUGGUCAUGUUUCUACUGGAGAUACUAAAAACGAAAAAUCUCCAGUGAAAGACGCAAAAAAAUCACCAACAAAAGAAGCCUCUGAUGUUCAAAAGCAGAAGGACAAAAAAGUAGAUAACAACAAACAAAUCGAAAAGAAUAAGAAGAAUGAAGCAAUCAAGAACAAAGUCAUUGAGGAAGUGAAAAAUAAGAAGAACAUUAAGAAGCUUUUAAACGAGAAACCUUUAGAUUUCGAUGACGGUAAUUGGGAAACGGUACCUAGUAAAGCGGACAAGAAGAAGAAAGCCGAUCAAAGUCCUGCUAAAAAGGACAAAAAAACAAAGAAGAUUGAAAAAACCGCCGAAAUUGAAAAGCUAGAAAAAGAAGUGGUUAAUAAAGAGUUGCGCGAAAAAGAAAAGGAAGUUAAAAUCGAAAAACCGGUGGAAGAACCAGUUCAAGUAGAAGAGCCUGCGGUGAUAAUUGAAGAAAAGAAAGAAAAGAAGAAAGAGAAGAAAGCAAAGAAAGAAAAUGAAAAACCUGAGAAAGCAGUGAUUGAGGAAGUUCCAGUUCAGAAGGAAGUCGUUAAACCGAAAGUUGAAGAGGUGGUUGACGAGCCCGUUGAAGAAGCUCCAAAACCUCCCGUCAGUGAAGGGAGUGUAGCAUUUAAUGAAUUCGGAGAUACAUGGACAGAAGCUAAAGUACCGAAGAAAAGCAAGAAAAAAGCUCGUCGAGAUAACUAGAAUUAGAUCAACAAAUCAGAUAUUGUAUUGCGUCAGGUAUGUGAUUACAACUUGUGCUACGAGACUAGAUCUCAAAAACUAAAAAAGACUCAAGUAGCUGAUAUCACAGAAAACUGAACUCAUCAUUCAUUUAUAAACAUACUCAAAAGAAUUAUGGAUAAUAGAGUGCUGAUGUGGUAUGAAGAUAGUAUUUACAAUCAAAUGAAAGCUUUUUUAAUAAAUGUUAGGUAGGGGAAGGCAGCAUAGCUGCAAUAUUUAACGUGCAUUCCAUGAGGUCGUAUUGUUUGUUUGUUUGGUUGUUUGUUAGUUUGUAGAGUUUCUGUAUCGAUUAGCAAUCUGUAUUUUGUGCCAAUAAAAAUCAAAUUAAUGUCUGACCUAUCCAAUGAAAUAAAUGGCCUUAUAGUCUUGCAGUAUGUUGCAAAUAUUCGAUAUUUUUAAUAAUAUAUUUUUGCGAAAAAAAGGUAACAAUCGUAGGUUUAACGUCUUCCACAUUGUUUAUCAUGUCAAAAAACUGUUCAUUUCCAGAUGUCAUUUUUUCAUUAAUACAUCAAUUUUGCUCAGAUACUUUCAUGUGUAUUAGUAAAAUGCCUAAUUAAGUUUAUAGUGAUUAACAGCGUUUAUAAUAGAUUUACUUGAGAUUAUGUGGUUUAGGCAGCAACAUUUUGAUAUCAAAAAGUUUAUAUCGUUCAUUAAGAAAAAAUAUAAAUAACAUAAUCUCAGGUAAGCCGUCUUGCCAGAAAAAUAUUUUUACUGCAAGUUAGUCAUUUUUUAUUGUAGAUUUAAGAGAAUGAAUGUAGUGUAUUUUAUUUUCUAUAGUUAAAAUAUUUUAAAUGCGUGUAUUAUAGUGUAACUAAUGUGUAAUAUUAAAUAUUUCAAAAUAAUGUUUUGCUGAAUUGUAUGUAAUGUUCUGUUCAAAAGUUAAGUACGAUUUGUUCUGAUUGUGGACCGAUCAGAAUAUUAUUUGCCGAGUUUUGUGUACUUUGCUAUUGUUUUUGCAACCUAAUGACAUCAGUCUAUGUACAAUUCCAGCUCAGAGUGUUGUAAAUAAUCUGUAUUUGAAUUUGAUAUUUUAAAUGUGUAUGUAAAAAUAUUGUUAGGUUUUUUUGUCACUGUACUGAAUUUUCUUCUCUUGUCUGAAACACUAACAGGGUGUAUAAAAAUUAUUUUAAGAAGCUUGUUUGUAACUGUCAUUAUUUAUUUUAGCCCGUUACUUUUUAGUCGCCGAAAAAUUUUAUUAUUAAAUGACAAGCUUAUUUGUUUCGCGGAAAUAAAUAAGCCCUUACGUGUAAUUAUACUGAAUACAAAUUUGAAUUGUGUAUAUAACUGUGUUAUUAUAUUACUUGUAGACAUUUUGUAUAAGGUCUGUGGAGUGUUAUCUUUUGGGGACCAUUUUCACAAUAUAUUUUGAAAAUUUAA